UCGUCAGUUGCCGCCAAGCACGCGAAGAAAGUGGUGGAAUCAAGAAAAGACAAAAUGACGACAUCAACGACUAAAGAAUUUACGGCGACGACAGAAGAAUUCACAAGCAAUGAAGAAAUGGAUGAAUUCAUCUCAACGACUAAAGAAUUUACGGCGACGACAGAAGAAUUCACAAGCAAUGAAGAAAUGGAUGAAUUCAUCGCGGGAGACGAAACCAUCUCCUUCACUGGAUAUAUUGAUAGUAUUGAAGGCUCUAAACUGGUUGGCAAAGGUGUUAAGAAAGUUUUAUACAAGUUCGUGGUGAACAACGGCAAAGGGAAGAAAAUGCGGGUAUUAAUGUGGGAAGAGGUAGCGAAAAAGUACGAAGCUUCAUUGCGUUGCAGAGAUAUAACACUCUACUGUGAAGAUGUUUACCCAUUUGCAUUUAAAAGAAGACAAUUUCCAAUCAAAUUAGCUUUUGCAAUGACAAUAAACAAAUCGCAGGGUCAAACAUUUGAUAGAAUUGGGAUUGAUUUAAGAAAAAAUGUUUUUAACCAUGGUCAAUUAUACGUCGCGUUUUCACGAGUACGUUCUUGGAGUUCACUUAAAAUAUACUUAGGUAAUCAGAGACAUGAUAGGAAUGUAAAAAAUUUUGUAUACACAGAAUUAUACGAUACUCUAAAUCGGUUCAGCCAAUACUGA